AUGCAGGACGCCUGGACUGCUCGCAAAUCUGAUGAGAUUCAAGGCUACGGGGACCGCAACGAAUGGAAGAACUUCUUCUCUGCGAUCAAAGCUGUCUACGGUCCGCCGACGAUGGGCACUGCUCCUCUCCUCAGCGCCGACGGUAGCACUCUCCUGACUGAAUAGACGCCAAUCCUACAGCGAUGGGCGAGCAUAUCCGAGGCAUCCUCAACCGCCCCUCCGUCAUCUCCGACGCCGCCAUCGAGCGUUUGCCGCAAGUGGAGACCAACAUCGUCCUCGACCUCCCGCCAUCUCUCCGGGAAACCAUCAGGGCCGUGCAGCAACUCUCCAGCGGGAAAGCACCCGGAUCGGACGCAAUCCCUGCUGAGGUCUUCAAGCACGGAGGUCCCCAACUCAUGGACCACCUGACUGCGAUCUUCCAGGAGCUGUGGCGUAAAGAUGAAGUCCCGCAAGAUUUCAACGACGCAACUAUCGUGCAACUUUACAAGCGAAAAGGGAAUCGCCAAGUCUGCGACAAUCACGCCGCAUAA